AUGAAGUUAAACGGAUUUUCUUUGGAGAUCCUUGUUAAUGGUGAACCGCUCGCCGAAUUCAGCGAGUCCGUGUCCAAACUCAAAAAGAGCAUGACUACAGGACCUUCAUACACUCGUAAGAGUAUAACUGCGCCUGAAGAUCCAAGUCCCGUGACAAAUUAUGCUGCUGUUCAAGAAUUUGGCACAAGAUAUGCCGUUAGAUUUUCCGCACCUCCUCUAAGUUGUAGCAGGGAUGAUCCUAUUAAGGUUUUUUUGUAUGUGGACGGCGAGUAUGAUUAUUCUUACACAGAUAUUAAUCCAGAGAAGCUUAAUGAGACGCGCACAUGUUUCUGGAGUAAAACUAGGGACAAAAUAUAUUAUUUCAAAUUUAACCCGACAAUCUGGUCAGAAGAAGAUAAUAAUAGCUUUCUAUCAUCUGAAAAAACCUCUCUCUUUGGUGGCCCAGGCGCCAUAUCUGUUUAUUUCUAUCGUGCCCAACGUAUUGCAUGGAAUGUCGCCCCUCCACCAGAUUACAACGUCGAGCCAGCGGUCGUUCCGGAGAAUAAUAACACGAGGGCAAUCAAGCUCUCAACGCAAUAUGAUGUUCAAUCUGUGCCCAACCCGUCAAUCACGCGAUUUGACACAUAUUUACAAGAACACGGUCCACCUCUGGCCGUCCUUCACUUACACUAUCGUGCUGCGGCCUGGCUACGAGCACGUGGACAUUAUGUUCCAUAUCCUCGUAGAUCGCAAGCGAUUAGCGGGGAAAGGCCAUUUAUUGAAGUAGAAGACGAUCAAAGUUCUGUGAAAAUUAAACAGGAAGGUGUGACCAUCAAGGAUGAGCCGGAUGUCGACAGUAACGCUACGAGAGCUAGCGCAAAAAGAAGGAAAAAAAGUUUGACCCCUGAAAUAAUUGUUCUUAGCUCGGAUGACGAAGGUAAUGCCAGUAACUCCAAAAAGGCGCGAAUCCUUAAUAACAACUAUUGA